GUGAUGCUCGACGAUUGGCUGACCCAAUCACACCGAUUCGCGGCCGAGAGAUGCCGCCGCCGACCACUUCGGCGGUCCACGUGACUACGUGGGUCGUUGUCGGCGCCUUAGCUGCGGCAAUGGUAGUUUAUGCGAUGAAGAAGACUCCGUCAGAUGACUCCAACGAUCGGGAUGUUAUCUCUCCGCCAUCAUCGAGCAGCCAACCCGACAUCCCCACAGAGGCAGCGCCAUCCUCACCCAAGGUGGUGACCGCCACCACAGCGCCGCCAUUGUCGUUCAAGGAAACAUAUACGCUGGGCAAACGUCUGGGGGCUGGCGCGUUUGCAGUCGUGCGCGAAGGUGUGAACAAGGUCACUGGGACCAAGUUUGCCGUCAAGUGCAUCAAAACCUCGUCGUUGUCGCCUGCCGAUGUGCGGGGUUUGCGCCAGGAGAUCUCCAUCUUGAAGCAGUUGAGUCACCCGAACAUCAUGUCGCUGCAUGACGUCAUCGAAGAGCCCAACGUCACGUACCUUGUCACAGAAUACAUCGCGGGCGGCGAACUGUUUGACCGAAUCGUCGAGAAAACGUUUUACUCGGAAAACGAAGCGCGGGAGCUCGUGCGCAUCCUUCUUGGAGCGAUCAAGUACUGCCACGACCACAACGUCGUGCACCGAGACUUGAAGCCAGAAAACCUCCUGCUAACAAGCGCCGACGACGACGCAUCGAUUAAGCUGGCAGAUUUUGGGUUUGCAAAGCAGCAGUCUAUCGAUGGCCUCACCACCGCGUGCGGGACUCCCGGGUACGUGGCGCCUGAAAUCAUCAAGGGCGAACCGUAUGGCAAAUCAGUGGACAUCUGGAGCGUGGGCGUGAUCACGUACAUCUUGCUGUGUGGAUACCCCCCGUUUCACGACGACAACCCCACGCGCCUCUUUGCGGCUAUCAAAACCGGUUCGUACAAGUUUGAGUCGCCCUACUGGGAUGACGUGUCAGCCGACGCCAAGGCGUUCAUCGGGUGCAUGCUCAAAGUACACGCCAGUUCGAGAGCCACGGCCGACGAGUUGCUAAAGCACGCGUGGAUGGUCAAUAUGGACGUGUCCACAGCACCCCUCGGCACAGUCCUCGAAGAGCUCAAGAAGUAUAACCACCGACGCAAAUUCAAAGCAGCCGUGCGCACGGUGCAAAUGACGGCAGUGUUGGCCAGAGGCAUGUCGGGUACCCACAAGACGGCCGACUCGCCUUAGAUAACACGACUAAACCACACACUGUUGAAUACUGCACGACAUCGCUAAGUAGUACAUUUCUAGCUAAGGUAGCUAGCUAGCUACAGCUAGAAUGCACGGGAUUAAAGAGAUAUAUAUCGACGCGCGU